AUGCCCAUCCUUCCACCCAUUUCCGUCCCUAAGGCUGGCCUGAAGGACACCAACCGCUCCCUUCCCAAACCAAGUGACGCUGUGAAAUGCAAGCGAUCAUCCCCAAACAUACGCGCCCCGAACGAAAACCUCCCACCAUCCCCUACGAAGCCUCUUGGAAAGAAGAAACGGCGUCAUAAUCGAUCCGAGUCGAAUCAGGCCGUACCUCCACUGGGCCAGAACCAACCCCACUCUGCACGCGAUGCCAUUCCAGCCAAUACCCGCGCUACCACCAAUCCCAAGGCCACUCAUACCGCCAAUCCCAAGGCCACUGCACCUCUCGUCAGCAAGAACAGCUCGUCGCCUAAAGAGUCUUCGUCUUCGUUGGUCAAGAAGGGUUCGGCGGCAGAUGUGCAGGCUACAAGGCGAGACGCGACGACAAGGAGUGCUGUUACGCCUGCAUCCAAGGCCCACACCUCCGUUUCUCCCCCCAUGGCCAGCAAACAACCUCAGGACGAGUCCUCAACGAAGGCUGCCAUAGACGACUUGAAGGAUGUCGAAUUAGAGAAAAAAUGGAUUGACACAUUCCUCAAUCCAGACUCACCAUACCCGAGCCUGCCGUGGGAGUUCGCGAAUGUUGGUUUCAAUUUGAGCCAACCGGUUCAGCGCGGCAAGAACAUUGGCUUUGGUAUAGAACACGCAAAAGAUGUCAUUGGCACAGCCGACGGUGUAAAGGUUUCAUUGGACCCCAAGGCCAAGACAGGGCACAAGCCGUUGGAGGCCGUCAUAGGUAUUGGUCCGUACGAUUAUGCAGCAGAGACAGGGAAGUCGGCGGUCACUAUAACGUUUAUUCUGGACAAGAAGAUGGGUGUGCCCAUUCGCCACUUGCUCGAGAAGAAGCCCAUUGAUGACGGCGAGGACCUUGCUUUCGAGUUGGGUGGGGCUUGUCCCUUGAUACGCGUUGCCUACAAUGUCCCCUUUGUGAAGGAGGUCGAUGUGCUACCUGGGAAACCUCUGCUAUGCUGCUCCAUCGCCAGUCUCGACGACUCGGAAGCCAGAACCCCCAAUAUUUUGAACCCAAUGCUCGAGUCCAUUACUCGACAAGAGCUCGCACACAAGCUUGGUAGAGAACUGUUCAAUCUCUACUCAUCGGUCCAGAGGAAAGGAGUAGACCCAGAACCCAGCGAGCCUCAAAGCAGGACAUAUGCACAAGAGAAAUGGCCUGCAGCACGGGACCUGGAUCUCGACAAAAUUCGCUUGAUAACUCUGCAGCAGAAACCAAAGGACCCCAGUUUCGUGGAUUCACUUUCGGUCUGGUAUCCCCGAGUAACUUAUGACUUAUGA